GUCAUUACAUGCUUCAUAUCUUAGAAGUUGAUUAGAUGUUUUGGUGGCUCUUCCAAGGAGGUUAUGUUUUUUGCGUGAUUGCCAGCAGGAUUACAACAAAACUACUAAACAGAUUAUCACAACAUCUGGUGGAAGGAUGUGUUAAACUCGGGUUAGGAUUCGGAUCAGCGGUGGAUCCAGGAACUUCGUUUUUCACUUUCGUAACCAUUGCGUUUUUUUUAAAUAUCUUCCUUGAUUAAAAACAUGUUCAGUGGACUUAUAUUUAUGAGAUUUUUUCCAAAUAAAAAUCUGGAUCCCGUUAAAUUAUGGUUCCAGGACACUCGGGAGCCAUAGUUGAUCCUCAAAGUAAUUAUAGUUUAAAAACAGAAUACUAUAGUAAUAAGUAAGUAGUUUUGAACAUAGGUAAAAUCGAAUCACUUCCCACCUGUGACUAAUUAUAUUAUAUUAUAUUAUAUUAUGUACAGUCUAGGUCCAGAUUUCCCUGACAGAGGCUGUGUAGCCACUCCGGCCCUGAUGGGGGCGGUAGAGCAGAAUGAAGCCAGUGAAGAAGGACUGAGUCCCAUGGAAACCACCGUGUUGCUAAGAUCCAAACACAGUCAGACAGACAACACUCCCAUUGACAGUGACAUGAACAACAGUCCGACAUCAGCAGGCGAGUUCUGGAGCUACAAGCUGAGCGACCUUUUCCCAAGCGAGUUUAUUUAAAGUUUACUAUCGACGGACUUCAGAGAUGAACUAAUGGAAGUGCACUACAGCACAGUGAUUUUACCUGAUGACGUCUAAGUCAAAGGCCCAGUGGUCACCGCUGCCACGGACAGAGAUCCUCGUGUACUGGGUGCUUUCCUUUGGCUCACACCUCUACUCCUUCUACCAACUGCACAGGUUCUCCAAAGAGCAUGAAGCAGGGCUAGCAAGGGAAUUCCAGCUGGAAAAAGGCCUACUUAAGGGUUUUAAAAGGGACCCAUCAGACUUUGAGUGGAGUUUCUGGACUGAAUGGGCCAAGAAGUCUUUACUGUGGACUCUGACUGGUCAUGGCAUCUUAUCCAGAUUCACCUGCAGCUUUUACCCAAAGCUUAGGGUGCCAGCGCUCACGAUAUACGGCCUCAUGGCAGCCAGCAGCGUGUUGGGGGUUAAAGGUGUGAGUGUGCUGCUGGUACAUCUGGCUCUGACCUUCUCAGUGGCCCAACUGCGAAAGCCCGCUCUGUCGUGGGGAUGUAACCUGCUGCUGCUCUGCACCCUUCACAUCCAACCACUUCAAGAGAUCCAGAGAGGCUGGUACGAAACUGAGGAGGAGUACUAUCUGCUGCUCUUCAGCAUUGCUGUCUGUGGUCUGCGCUUCAUCAGCUUCAGCCUGGAGCACUGCUGGUGCCCCGCAGGCCGCGGGGGAGCCGUGCAGCUCUGCUGGCUGUUUUCAUACACCUUCUAUCAUCCCCUUUUCUACAAUGGACCCAUCGUCACGUACAAAGACUACACCGAGCAGAUGCAGAGACCUGCUGAGGAGAGCGACAGGGACGGAUCUGCUUUGACUUACUUGGUGCUCAGAUCCGGACGGAUCGUACUGUGGUGGUGCGUCGCAGAAUACAUGAUCCACGUUAUGUACAUGCACUCCAUCCAGUCAAACGAGACCUACUUAGAAAUGAUUCCUCCUUGGGCCUUGGGCGGUCUGGCCUUGGCCCUCGUCCAGUUCUUCUAUGUGAAGUAUCUGGUGCUCUUCGGCCUUCCAUCCAUGCUCGCUACUUUGGAUAAACUGGUUCCCCCAAAGCUUCCAUCUUGUGUCAGCAUCAUGCACAGUUUCACAGGGAUGUGGAGGCACUUUGACGAGGGGCUGUAUCGAUGGCUCAUCAGAUACAUCUAUGUGCCUUUGGGAGGUGCACGACACGGCCCUCUGUCUAAAAUCGUGUCCACUGGUCUCGCGUUUGGAUUCGUCUGCGUGUGGCACGGGGGCCGGGACUACCUGCAGUACUGGGCCCUGAUGAACUGGGCUGGAGUUCUGCUGGAGAACGGAGUCAAGUCGCUCUUUGCUUCGUCCUCUAUUCACUCCAUUGUUGAGCAGUAUUUCUCUGCAGCGAUGAAAAGGCGCUCCAUCGCUCUCCUCUCUGCCUUCUCCACUGCGAUGCUCAUCCUCUCUAAUCUGGUGUUCCUUGGGGGGACACACGUUGGCAGAAUCUUCUGGAAGCGUGUCGUCAUUCAAGGCUGGUCUACCAUGGCCCCACCAAUGCUCGCUUUCCUCUACUGCUUCGCUCACAUUGGACUCGAGUGGACUUCUCACCCGCCAUGAGUCACCUUGACUUUGAAUCGCAGCGGGAGCGUCCGAGCUACCGGACAAACCAGAACGACCCGCUGAGUCCAGUGCCUCGCUCGCACCACCCGCACGUCUCUGUGGCGUCUCUGGCUCGUGGCCACGGAACCCGUCCAAACCUGGCUGAGGUGCAGCUGAGCAGCUGCUUCCCACAACCUGCAGGACCAAGAGAAAACCUGUCUGCUGGGACUCAAAGGAUCAGUGUGGCUUCUCUCCAAGAGGAGGGUUUCCUGUAAAUGUGAUAAUUAACUGUAAGAGAACGAGGGUGAUGCUGUAAAAUUCCGAGCAGUCGUUCAGAUAAGUCACAUCUUGGCUGUGUUGAGGCGCGUUUGAGCAAAUGAGCUGCACUGAUUCACUGUUAUUCUGAGAAACAGUAAAGAAGAAUAUGAACCUGGAAUCAGUCCUGGUUAUAUGACUCUGAUAGGAUAUUGCUCAGUGGUGCAGUGACGUGGAUAAAUUCACGUUUACUGUCGUCCUGUAGUUCAUCACAAACACUUGUGUAUCCAGAGGCAGAGGAGACAGAACAGAGCAGCUGAUCAGUGUCAGUCUUUCUCCGCAGGCGCUAAUAUUAGAAUCUGUGUUGCUCAAAAGCUUCAGAGGGUUGAAUUAUCGCAGUUACAGAGGAAAGCACAGUUUUUGUAAACAUUACAAGCUGUACUUUUGUUUUGCUAAUGUGUUAUAAAUCAAUUUGCUCCUUCAAAUGUUGACUUGUGUUAAAAAUAAACAAACUGUCCAUGUUGA